CACAACCUCUCCCUAUAUAUUCUGCAUGUAUUGAGGUAGCCCAGUUCCACAAGGGCCGGGUGUCCACGGGCUUCUUUCUUACACAGCAGCCACUAUCUGCAGGGGCAACGAAGAACUAAAUGAGAAUAAGACGCUGGGAACAGAGUCCGGGUCGCCAGAUGCGCGCGGAUGAAAACACAGUGAGAUGAGUCAGAAAAUGGCCAAGGAGGGCCCCAGGCUCUCCAAGAAUCAGAAGUUCUCGGAGCACUUUAGCAUCCACUGUUGCCCACCCUUCACCUUCCUCAACUCCAAGCGCGAGAUCGUGGACCGCAAGUACAGCAUCUGCAAGAGCGGCUGCUUCUACCAGAAGAAGGAAGAGGACUGGAUCUGCUGCGCUUGCCAGAAGACCAGCCGCCGUGCCAGGUCCCCUCAGAGGCCCAAGCUCCAGCCAGCUGCAUCCCCCGUGGUGGUCAGAGCGCCGCCAGCCAAGCCAAAGUCCCCUCCGAGGCCAGCCAAGCCAAGGUCCCCUUCGAGGACUGAGCGUCAGCCGCGUCCCCGCCCAGAGGUCCGACCACCACCAGUCAAGCAGAAGCCCCCUCAGAAGUCCAAGCCACCAGCACGCAGCAGCCCCCUCAGAGGGCCAGGCACCAGCCGUGGGGGGUCUCCCACUAGAGCGCCUAGGUUCUGAUUGAAAAGGAGGAGCAGGUCAACCCCAAGAAAAAAGUGACCAAGAAGUGAUUUCCCGUGAAUGGACGGCCUCCGCCUGUGGACUUUCUACUUCACAAGCCAUCUGCCCUCAGACAAACUAUCUGGUCUCAAGGAUGAUGCAGGGUCAGACGCCUGCUGACGUGACAGCUACAGAUGCCCUCAGUCCUCACGGUGUGGGAGCCUUAGGGCAGCCUGCCUGGAGCACUUUGACGAUACCACCCCACCGCCUCCCUCUAUAACUGCCGAUGAGAGAUCUGCCGUCAAUCUUCUCAACUCAUGGACUCAGGUACCUUUAUCUGAAGAUUCGUGUGUCUUCAGGGCUGUGCAAAACAAGUUAGUGUUGCACAACUAUCCAAACGGCAAAUAUAAAAGAGAAACUGUCCAGCACUAAUGUGAAGAAAGCCCUAGAAGCUACCGAUGGGAUUUGUACAUUGUCAUAACACAUGCCGUAACACCACUGUACUCCAGGACAAUAGCCAGGCAGGAUAUCUUAAAACCUCUAACCAAGUAGCUAUGAUUUUAGGCAUCCAUCCUGGAGAGAACUUACACACUUUUAGAGAAGAGAGAAAUGCACAAACUUGUUUAAAAGAUCAAGGUUUGUAGUUAAGAGAGGAACAUAGAAUAUAACUAACCAAAACGUCUACCCACAGGGGAAUGAGAGAAUCAGUUCUGGGAUAUUUGCAAAUAACGUCCUAAACAGCAGUUAAAAGUCAAUCCAUCAGAUAGACCAUAUCAAGCAGGUAAAUCCAGAAAGCAAGGCAAGGACUCUACAAAGCAAGCUUCAGGCAGUAAGUCCAGUACGAUAUCCUAUGCACAAAUAUUGACAGCCCACAGUUUUAUAUUGGUUAUUGCUCAACAAGAAGUCAUAAGAUCUCAUACUUUUUCUAUAAUGCCACAGGAUUUAAAAAUGACAGUAAAAUACAAAGAUAUUAAAAACAAAUCCUCUCAGAUAUAAAAGUAUAAGAAAUAAUUCCUGGCUUGAAUAAAUAACCCCGCCUAAAAGUUACUCAGGAAUGGUUUAACACUACCAGCUGGACAUACAUUUGUUUGGAGAGAGUAAAUGGGAAAUUUAUCAGCAGCCUGGGAUGCUUCCAUUGUUGGUUAUAUAAAUCUAAAACACCAAAAACAUUUGUUUUGAAUCAGUUUUGGGUCUGGGCUAGAGUCCUUGACUUGUGAUGGCUCCUGACAUGGGAGGAAAGGGAGUCAAUUGGAACACAGCUCUCAAAUUUUCCUUUCAGAACAGGUAGAUAGGAAGGGACAAUAGGAUGUUGGGGAAUGCGGUGGGAUGUAAAACGGACAGUAUUAGCGUGGAGGGAAACGUGGUGUAGGGACUAGAGGAGCAUCAAGAAUGACCUUGUGCUGGGAGCUGGCAUGGCCAAGCACAGGCAGAUGCCUGAAGACCCUGAAGGCCACCAUUGCAUCCUCACAGCCAGAGCUGGCAAGGUUCAGAUUCAAGUGCAAGGAUGGGGGGCGUGUUCAAGGUGUGGAUCUGGAGUGGCAGGAAGACAGCAAGGAGGAAGGAAGAGAUGGCUGAGAAUGCUGUGCCCCAGCAAGAAGAAGCAGGCCGAAUACUUUCCCAAGGUACCCAAAGGAUCCUGGAUUCCUAACAGGAGGGCACUGUGGCCCCGUGGAAGCUCCAAUGAGAAGGCAAGGAAUUUAACUGUGUAACAACUUCAUGCAGAACCUCCGGUGCUACAUGAACAUCUACGGUGACAACGUCUCUGAGGAACAGGUUCUAACGGUGAGCUGCCCACGGCUAUCACCUUCCUGAGUAACUGGGCUGGGAAGAACGGAAAUGGGAUAGAAGCACACAGUAGCCUCCUGGUGAGCCUUGCACAACACAUUCAGGAAGCUGUCUUGAUUUUAGCAAAGCGAGACUCCAUCCCCAGGGCUCGCUAUUUUACCCUCCCCUCCACGCCACCCCCAAGACAUGGAGUGUGUGUUAACCCAUACCCAGCUCCGGAUAUUAGCCCGUUAACGUGAAUAACCAGAAACUACUAAAUUUUGUCUGUUUUCUGUAGAAAUAAAAUCUGGGGAUGGAUCAAACCCAC